AUCUCUUCUUCCUCUUUCACUUUCUCUCUCCUUUACCUUUCAUUUUCCCUUACCUCUGUAAACCCAGAUCUAGGUUCUCUCUCAAACUUCAUCUUCUUCCUCCUUUCCUCCUAUCUUUCUUUGCUCGUACUUCUUCUUUCUUCUUCUUAUUCUUUCUCUCUCUCUCUUCUCCCUUCUUCUUCUUCUCUUAAACCCAGAUCUGGGUUUUAGAAUUGAACAAGCAAUUGAAGGUAUCAAAUCCAUAAUCCAUUCUUACCAGAUACAAUGGAAACAAUAGAUUAGACAGACCAUUAAUAUUUGCAAGAUCAUCCCAUUUACCCAAUCUAAAAUGAUUAUCUUAAGAGAGCUAUUUAGGAAAUAAAAAUUGUGGCCAAAAAAAUCCCAGAAUCAAAUAAUAAUUUUUCUCAGUUCCUACCACUUUCCUACUGUUGGAAUACGCCCAGCCCAACACCCAAACAGGGUUGGGCUAUGCAUAAUGGGCCUAGGUUACCACCUAUUAGCCCAAGCCGAAGGAGCAUCAGAGGUCGCCCCCCAAGAAAUGAAGUAGACAAACAGGAGGACACUCAAUUAUCUGAGCUUGGUUUGAAUGACUUUAGGCCAAUGCCAAGAAACCUAUUCGUUGGGGGAGCCGAACAGGAUCACCUCAGUGAAACAGAUGACGAUAGAACACCAACUGCCGAGCUCGAAGAGAGAACCAGAGUUCUCGAAAUGGCAAUGGGUAAAAUCCUGGCCCGCCUAAUUCUUGACGACCCCCUGAUUCCUUUGCUGAACAGGGAUGCACAACCAGCUGCGGUUGUUGCAACUAGAAAUUCCCCCGCUCUAAGCAAUAUAGUAGUGCCGACCAGGCCUAGGGGAAGUGGGAAGUUAAAUAUCGAGCCCAGCUCGUCCAAACAUAGUGAAGAAUUGAUGAGAAAGAACGCAGACCUUAAAAGGCAGCUGCGGGAUGUACAGAAAUCUAUUGACGAGCUAAAAAGCCCCAGGUCGCAUAAACAGACUCUGGAUUUGGAUAGUGCACCACUAAACUUAUCCAUCACGGCAGAGCCAUAUCAAGAGGGAUUCAAAAUUCCCCACCUGGAGACAUAUGAUGGCUCGGGUGACCCUGAUGAGCAUCUACACACCUAUCAAGCCAUCAUGAGAAUCCAAAACGCCAAUGAUGCCAUGAUGUGCAAAGUGUUCCCAGUAACACUCAAGUCAACAGCCAGGAGAUGGGAGAUCAAGCGCACAGCAACUGAGCUGAUGCAAGUUGAUCAGAAGGAAGGGGAGUCUUUGAGGGAUUACAUGCAGCGGUUCAACAAAGCCACCUUGGACAUUGAUAAUGUCCCAGACACGAUCUGCCUGUCCGCCCUGUUGCAUGGGUUGAAGCGCGGCCGGUUUCUAGACGACCUGCUUGAAAACCCACUGAAGACAUGGAACGAGGUGAAUGACAGGUCGGCCAGUUUCAUACUGUCAGAGGACUUUCAGUCGUCCAAGCGACGAGCUAAUGAUAGGCCGAGCAAAGGCCAGGAACAUCAACCGAGAAGAGAAGAGAAGAAGAAGCAGAAGGUCAGUGAGCAAUGGGGGAAACCAGUUGAGUUCCCGAAAUAUGCCAGUUACAUUCCUUUGACCUUACCUAGGUCACAAAUCCUGGCACAAAUUCAGCACUGGGUUAGGAGACCCCCACCCCCAUUAUAUGAUUCCCCGAGGGUAGACAAGAGCAAGCAUUGUGACUACCACCGUGUAUAUGGUCACAAUACAGAGGAUUGCCAACACUUGAAGGACGAGUUAGAGUUUUUGGCUCGUAACGGGAAGCUAGAAGGGUACCAGCACGGCGGGACGCAGGAUGCAUAUCAGGAUAACCAGUAUCCUUCUGAGCAGGGCAGAGCAUACCGAGGACGUCCGUUCAACAGGAGAGGACAGGGGCAAAGAGCUGCUACCCAGAACCAAAAAGAUAAGAAAGGGGUAGGCUACGCCGGGAUACCCCCGCCCUCGGGUACAAUUAACAUGAUAUCAGGUGGUGUUCACUCUGGGGGCCAAAGUGCCCGAGCCCGCAAGGCAUACGUCAGGCAGGUGAUGACUGUCAACAAAAACAGACCCUUGAAACGGCCGUUUGAAGAAGCAGAGUGGGAAAAUACGCCCAUCACAUUCAACCCGGCAGAUUACAAGCGAGCAGAAGGAGAACCCGACAUUAUGAUGCCCCAUGCCGAUCCCUUUGUGGCAACAGUCCAUAUAGGCAAUUAUAAUGUCAAUAAGGUAUUUAUUGACACUGGCAGCUCGCCUGAUAUCCUGUAUUGGAGUUGCUUUCAGAAGAUGCAGCUAAAUCCAAGCUCGCUGCAGAAGCAAGAAGGGCCAAUAUACAGGUUUGAUAACCAACCCGUCCUGGUUGAGGGAGUUAUCACUCUUCCUAUAUAUGUGGGCUCGGAACCACGCUUCAGGAUGGCUUCCGUCACCUUCUUGGUCGUUAAGAUGGAAUCAGCUUUCAAUGCUAUAUUAGGAAGAGCCACCCUGUGCGAGUUGAAGGCCGUCAUCUCGCAACCCCACCUCUGUAUGAAAUUCCCAACUCCUCAAGGGGUAGGAGUGCUGAAGGGGAAUCAAAAGAUGGCUAGAGCCUGUUAUCAAGACACGUUCAAGAAGGUCGAGCUCGCCGCAGCCCCGGCGAGUGUUGAAGGUCGAAUGCCAACCCAGCUCAGGCAACAGACAAUGAGUAUAUCAGACAUUGAGCACCGACCUGAGGGCGUUGAGCAGAAGGCAGAGCUAGUGGAGCCAGUGGAAACGCUCAACACGGACCCCACCAAAAGGCCGGUGGUUCAAAAACGCCGUCUUUUUGGCCCCGAGAAGCAAGCUGCCAUUGACGAGGAGAUACAAAAGUUGUUACAAGCAGGCUUCAUCAGAAGAGUGGAAUAUUCUGAAUGGGUGUCCAACCCUGUGCUCGUCAAAAAGCCAAAUGGCAAAUGGCGGAUGUGUAUUGAUUUCAACAACCUCAAUGAUGCGUGCCCAAAAGACCAUCAUCCCUUGCCAAACGUCGAAAAGUUAGUAGAACGGGCAACAAGACAUGAACGGAUGAGUUUUCUUGACGCCAGCUCGGGUUACCACCAGGUCCAGCUGUUGCUAGACGACCAGGAAAAAAUGGCUUUUUACGCUGGUGACACAAUCUACUGCUAUGUCAUGAUGCCAUUCGGCCUCAAAAAUGCCGGAGCAACAUACCAGAAGCUGGUGCAAAUCAUCUUUAAGCUCCAGAUCGGCAGAAACAUAGAAGUGUAUGUAGAUGACAUGAUAGUCACCAGCGUGCAAGCUAAGGAUCACAUUGGCGACCUGAAUGAAACUUUUCAAAACCUGCGCCGAACACAAAUGAAGCUGAAUCCCUUGAAAUGCACAUUUGCUGUAGAGUCGGGAAAAUUCCUAGGAUACGUGGUAUCCAAGAAAGGAAUUGAAGUAAAUCCAGAAAAGGUCGAGGCCGUUCAGCAGAUGGAGCCGCCAAGGACUGUCAAAGACGCCCUCCGAGAGCCCAAGAACUUUCAAUGGACCGAUAUGUGUCAGCGGGCCUUUGACGAGCUAAAACAAUACCUAGCAUCAGCACCCCUGCUGUCCAAACCUGUGGAAGGGGAGAGUUUGUAUCUGUAUUUAGGGGUCACAACAGAAGCGAUUAGCUCAGUCUUACUCAGGGAAGAGAAUAAGAACCAGAAGCCUAUCUGUUAUGUAAGCAAAGUCUUACAGGGCGCCGAGCAGAAUUACCCACUAGUGGAAAAGGCUGCUUUUGCCCUGGUUUACACAGCUCGUAAGUUGAGAGACUACUUCCAAUCACACCAGAUCGUUGUCUAUACCGAUUUGCCAUUGAGGAAGAUACUGCAAAAACCGGAACUCUCUGGUCGGCUUAUCAGAUGGAGCAUCGAGCUGAGCGAGUACGAUCUCAAAUUUCAGCCGCGCACAACCAUAAAAGGCCAGGCCAUUGCAGACUUUUUGGUAGAAUGCAUCUCGGCGACGGAGGUAGACAAGGCGCUUGAUUACCCAGCCUGGGUUCUGUAUGUUGAUGGAGUUGCUAACAUUGAAGGGUCAGGUGCUGGGGCUGUGUUAAUAGGCCCAGACGGCUUUAAAUCUGAGCAUGCAUUGCGAUUUAAGUUCCAGACCACUAAUAAUGCGGCUGAGUAUGAAGCCCUCAUCUAUGGUUUGAAGCUGGCGUCCGAGCUGAAGGUGCAAAGCAUACAAGUUUUCAGUGACUCUCAGCUCGUGGUGGGCCAAGUAAAUGGCAACUGUGAAGUUAGGGAUCCCCAGCUUGGCCGUUACACCUCUGUGGUCAACAGAUUGAAGUCAAGAUUUGCUUCAUUUCAGAUCGACAAAAUACCAAGAGCUGACAACCACCGAGCUGACGAGUUGUCAAAGUUGGCCUCCUCGCGGGACUUUAACCCUCAGAGGUCAACCAUCGUCGAAGUACUUGAUGCCCCGAGCUACACUGAUUUCACGGUCGAGUAUCUGUCCGCUGCAAAGUUGAUUAAACGAAGGGUGGCACAUUUCACGUUGUUAGAUAACCAGCUCUACAAACGAGCAACCUCAAUGCCCCUAUUACGCUGCCUUACUCCUUACGAAGCUGAAUACGCUGUGAGGGAAGUUCACGAAGGAGUAUGUGGCACGCACAUUGGUGGCAAAACUUUAGCUCGGAAACUCCUGAGGCAUGGAUAUUACUGGCCCACUAUGGUCGAAGACGCGCAGAACUAUGUCAAAAAAUGUCCGACCUGCCAGUUCAACGCUGAUGAUAUACACAUGCCAGGGGAAAUGCUAUCGUCCCUCACAUCUCCCUGGCCCUUUGCUCAGUGGGGUGUCGACCUGCUCGGCCCUUUCAUCAAAGGCAAAGGAGGCUGCACUUUCCUGGUCGUUGCAGUGGAUUAUUUCACUAAGUUCGGCAUACCUAGGCGGAUUAUCGCCGACAAUGGGCCACAGUUCCGAGCAGCAGCACUGAGAUCGUUUUGUAACGAUUAUGGCAUUGAGCUUGCUUUGACAUCUGUGUACACUCCACAGUCCAAUGGGCAAGCCGAGUCCGCCAAUAAAAUCGUCUUACGGGGACUCAAGACGAGCGUUUUGGCUGCACGUACUAAUUGGGUUGACGAGCUCAAUAAAGUGCUGUGGUCAUGUCGUACUAUUCCCAGCUCGGCCACAGGCGAAACCCCGUUCAGUCUGGCCUAUGAAGCUGAAGCCGUCAUCUCAAUGGAGGUUGGAUUGCCAUCCAAUAGAUCAGAUCGUCAUGACGAUCAGAAUAAUAAACAACUCUUAAGAGAGAACCUAGACUUUGUGGAAGAAAUCAGGGAGAUGUCCCGGAUAAGAAACAUCGCACAUCAAAGUCGCGUUACAAAAUUUUACAAUAAAAGGGUUCGAGCUCGCUAGUUUCAAGUUGGCGAUCUGGUUCUACGC